UCUUCACAACAUUUUUGUCAUACGAAGGAGAAACUAUGGGUCUGAAAGGCAAGUUGACUGCUUCAGUAGAGGUGGAGUGUGGAGGACACUUGUUUCAUGACCUUUAUCAAAAUAAUCCUCAUCAACUAUGCACUAUAAGCCCUAGUAAGGUCAAACAUUUUGAGAUUCUUAAAGGUGGAAUAAUAAAGAUUAGCUCAAUAGUUAGUUGGAAAUAUAACAACGGCGGAAAAGAUACGACGGUUAAGGAAGUGAUCGAAGCCAUUGAUCCUCAGAAGAAAUCAAUCACUUGGAAAGUAAUUGAAGGAGAUCUGUUAGAGUUGUACAAUUCCUUCACUAUUAUCACAUCCUGUGAACAGCAGUGGACUACAUGGACAUUAGUUUACGACAAAAAAACUAAAGAUAUACCCGAGCCUAUCGCUCUUUUGGGUUGUGCCCUUGAUAUGACCAAAGAUAUAGAGGGUCACCUUCUCAAGAAAUAGAACAUCUAUGCUGUUCGGUGGAUCUAUACAUAUGCGGAUGCAUAUUAUGUUUAUACAGACACAUAUGUGUAUGUGUUUGUUGAUGAAUAAUUAACAAUAUUGGAUAGUUCUAGCUAGCACGUGAAAUAAAUAAUGUAAUGUUUAAAGAAUAUAUUAUGUAUGCCAGAUACCUUCUAUGGAUGUACUUCAAAUGGUCAAUAUAUAUAAGAUAUUAUGGAGUACAUGAUAA